AUGGCAUCGUCGAAGGUGAUGGCUUCGUGGUCGCCGACCAAUUCGGACCGCCCACGUCAUCCCUCACCGCCUCGGUCGAAUCUCGACCCCGAUCCGACCCGGGGUUUCGGCUCCAUGAACUUCGACGACAUACUCAGAAACAUCUGCUCCGAUUCCCAGCCAUUUGCGCUCGACGGCGACGGCGGCGGACUGGGGGAUGGUGUCCGGGAGGAGACGGUCGCCGAGGUCUGGAGGGAUAUGGUGAGCCACGGCGCCGCCGCCGGAGGAGCGGGCGACGGCCCAGCCAUGACUCUGGAGGAUUUUCUGACUAAGGCGGGGGCCGUGGAUGAGGAGGAUGUUAGGGCUCCGGAGAUGGCGGCGUUGCCUCCGCCGCCAGCUGGUGGGUUUGUGAUUGAGGCGGCGGUGAUGAGCCCCGCUGCUGGUGUCCCAGCGGUUCAAUUUGCUCCGGUGGAGCUUGGGAACGGGAUAGCGGCGUCGAGAGGCAGAGGCAGUGGGGGCGGAAGGGGGAAGAGGAAGGCGGCUGUGGAUCCGGUGGCGCUCGACAAGGCCACGCAGCAAAGGCAGAGAAGAAUGAUUAAGAACAGGGAGUCAGCUGCUAGGUCCAGGGAACGAAAGCAGGCUUACACUGUGGAGUUGGAGACAUUGGUGACACAGCUGGAGGAUGAUAAUGCUAGGCUUCUGCAAGAAGAGGCUGAGUUAAACAAGGAGAGAUAUGAGCAGCUUAUGAAGAACAUAAUUCCGGUCACAGAGAAACGUAGACCUUGUAGAGUUCUGAAGAAGGUACUUUCCAUGGAGUGGUAG